AUAAAUAAAUACAAAUACAAAUAAAUACAUCAAAAUAAAAGUGCCCAGGAUGCAUAAAACAUCAUCAAAAUAGGGCGUUGUUUAAAAUAUAAAAUCCUAGGGGUGAACCCUCCAGACUCCCCUGAUUUCUGCUCUAAUCCCUGAAAAACCCAUGACAUUUAAUUAGCACCUAUAGUGAUAAAUUAUAAUCUGUAUCAAAUCAUAUAAUCAACUUUCUGUUGGAUUUAUGUUAGAUACUUUGAACUACCCUUAGACACGAGUUUGUUUUAAAUGUUUAUAUUUUAAUAUUCCUUUAGCAAUCAUAAUACUAGGCUAAAAAAAAGAAGCAUAAAAGCAUAUUUCCUUUGACAAUAUCCCAAAAAUGGUGAUUCCAGGCGUGAAUGUAGCCUAUUGAUUUAUUUGGGCGCACACAGCACAUUACAUUAGGCUACGUUCCUCUGGACCAACCAAUGAGCACAGCUCCUGCUCCAUCUGCUGUAACGUUUCAGGCAGAUCACCGCCAGCCAGGCAGUGUCUGGCAAAGCUGCUACUGGGGUGCAUGGAGCAUCACAACAUUAUAUUUUUCAUAUCGUCCCGGUGUAGAACCAGGGGCUUGUAAAGUCAAUGAAGUGAACAAAAGGAAAGAGCCAAGGCAUUGAAGAAUAUGAACGAAGUGGGACCACCACGUCGACCCGCCGCCUCUCUUAAUUUUACCAUUGACAACAUCCUCAAUCUCAAAACAAGCGGGAGGAACUACGACCACUUUCAAUCAGCCGCACAGCAGGAUGAUUCGACCAAGGCGAUGGGAAAACAGGAUUUUUACAGGACGCACGAGGUCAAGCGGAGGCAGGACCAGGGCAGUAGGCUUGAGGAAUUCGAGUUUAACAAAGAGUGCAGCAGAGCAACAGAAACAGUCAUCAGCCACGAAGACCCAAAGAAGGCGACGGAGGCGCACUUCGAGAGCGGGGACAGCAGCUGUGACGACAGCAGCUCCAACAUCACGGCCACGGACCCCAGUAAUGGGGGCAUCCCUUUUAAAAAGAGCAAAUUGCUUACAAGAAAGAAAACACGCACAAUUUUUUCCAAGAGACAGAUUUUCCAGUUGGAGUCUACUUUUGACAUGAAACGCUAUCUGACCUGCGCAGAGCGCGCAUGCCUCGCCAAUUCCCUCCAGCUCACAGAAACCCAGGUGAAAAUAUGGUUUCAGAACCGCAGGAAUAAAUUAAAAAGGCAGAUCUCGACCGAAAUUGACGGACCUGUUACUGAUUUUCCCAAAACUGUAAAGUCUGUUGUAGUUGGUCAGCUCCCGGCCUUGUACAAAGAGGGCAACCUGCUGGGGAGAUGCCUGCUGCCCUUGACUCUGCCCAUUGUUUAUGCCGGUAGUAGCACGCCUGACCUCUGCUACUCAAACGCCCACAAAUACUUCAGCCUUUAUGACGGGGACGUAUGAUGGUUUAGUAUGUCCCCAUGUGAAAAGAGACAUUUUUUGGGUGGUUUCCUGCAAAAAAGGUUUUCAUAAUGAUGGAAAACAGACGUUUCAA